UUCCCUUUUGGAAAGACAGCAAAGCGCCUUUCACAAGCGAGACUUACGGUCAACCUUCUGGCGGAAUGUCUUUGUUAUCAACUCAUCAAGGGCUUCAACCUCCUUUGACAACUGCGAUCGCUCAUAUCACUUUAUGGGGAUUCAGAGCUAGUCUGAUCAGAACCACAUCAUCGCAACCACAUUUGUCCGGCGAAAAACUGCACUCAGGAGUUGAUCCAUCAUCGACUCCUCAUGGACGACUCGUUACUGAAAUGCACCUUCCCACUUCCUUUCAAGACCCCCAGACAUCGUCACCUGUGUCAACUGCCUCUUCAAUAAUCGUAGCCUCAGGUCCAACAAGUAAACCAGACAGACCACCAGUUUUGAAGUUCCCUUGGCACUUGACGCCUUUUCUGGUCAUCAUAUUUAUCAUCCUUGUGGUUCUUGCCACCUAUUAUCUACGUGUUCCUGACGUUGUCCAAGCUAUCAUUCUUGCAAUGAAGGAAAAGAGAAGAAAAAUGAAGGGAGAAUCGAACCCAAGCGACUUUGACCUCGACACCGCGAACCUCGAUUUGAGGAAGGGCAACUUCUCCAUGGAGGGUUUGCAAACGUCACACUUUCAUUCUUACCAGAGAGAGGUGUUCUACGAGAAAGCACUAAACUACGCGUUUUUCGAGAAGGCAGAAAUGAAAACCAUUGCCGAGUUCUCUGUUCGGGUGGAAGAUGGAGACCAGCAAAGUUCAGAAUCUGAGGAAUCUGUAGAGAUAUCUUGUGAAAUGGGAGAGGAAACCGUCAAUAAAAAGGAAGAGUCUGAUACACUAAGCGAGAUGUUCCGUGCUUGUGACUCUGAUUGUACAACGAACAAAAAUGUACAAAAACGGUUUCCUCCUGUGGACCCGAGAAGGGGCCAUAAAUUACAUCUUCAACAUACACCGCCGUCAUAUGAAAUAUAAGAUUAAUUUUUCAGAAUCUACUACAAGCUGUAAAUAGCUUCAAGAAAAUAGCGGGUAGAAAGAGUAAAGAAAUAACUUUCGUCCAUAUUUUUAAGCAUAAAAGCUUACAAAUAUGCUUAUAUUUAUUUGAUGUCAUCAUGAUAUCUUAAGCUUGAUUUAAUUUAAGACAACAGCUUGCCUAUCGAUCUUUUGAAUCCAAGCUUUUUACAGAAAAAUAUGUAAUUGAAAGUGAUGAAAGUCAAAGAUAUAGGUUAGGUUGCCGACGCUGACGAAUAAGCGCUUGCUUAUGAACAAAGUUAAGGGUGAACUCUGCCUAAAUGACAUUUGUAAUACUUUUAAUGGUUAUAAUUCCGCUAACUUUAAAGAAUGAGACUUCUCUAUUUUCAUUCAUGAUACUGUAACAUGCAAUAAGCAUUUCUUGGAGUAACUGCUUUCUUAGGCCUAGGUUAUGGUGAAAACUAUCUCUAAACGUUAGCCCUGUUGAAACUUUAAACACACAAUGAUGGCUGCUAAGGCUGUUUCUUCCUUUCAUCAUUAACAGUAGUUUUCAUAACAGCCUUUAAGCGAUGACUGAUAGAUUUAACAGAUUAUCAGCAUAGCCACUAUUAGCCCCUUCCAACAACUACCAUCCUAUUUCGACCACUUUGUCCCUUGUUUAAGGUCAAUCAUUUCCCUACCUUAAACCCUGUAAAUUCCGAACGGUCUACCAUACCAGUAAUGACUAGCCGUGACCUUUCGUUUACUUCUACAGCCAUUCGUUUACUGCCCCACCCUCUCCUCCCACAAGAUAAGGAAUUCUACCACAUGAUAUAUUUGUGAAGUCUUUUGGGUAAUUAAAAAUCAAUCUUAUCCCGCCUACCUGGUCAUGAGCCGCAAUCAAAUAUUUGCCUGAAUGAAACCACGCAUGUCUAUCUUGCAAGCUUGAUGUCUUUACAUGACUAUAUCCCAGGCGGCCGCAUUUUUCUGCUCCAUGAUGGCCGAGCAAACGACGUUUAAUUGUAAGCUUACUUUGAAGUAAGAAAGGUUUUUCAUGCGAUUUGAAAUAACAUCGGUAUUAGCAAAGCUAACAAAAUCAAGCUGGUGCUUGAAAUCAUUGCUAAAAAUUGUUUACCAAACAAUGACCAGUUCAUUGGGCGAACUUUUGUUUGUGU